AUGCACUUCUCGCUCACUUUGGCUCUUGCGUUAUCUGCGAGCGUCCUCGGCGCUCCGGCUCCAGCUGUCGACUCGAGCUCUUCAGUCGUAGCGGAUCCGUCUACUACUAUCUCGUCGUCUAAAACAAACAUUCCUUCAUCAACGACUGACUCGUCCCACCCGAGCCCUACAGUGCCCUACGCAUCGGGCGACCUGAACGAGUCGUACCUGGACAAGUUCCAGAACGAACUCCCUCAGCCUGUCCGCGGAUCGAAGGGCGCCAAGAUCCUUGGACCUCAGAACAUUCCUCUUGACCGCCAAAAUCCUGACUUUCUGGCGAGCCCCAGUACCGACAAUGGUGCAGUGUCCAACGUAAAGUGGCCGUUCAGUUUGUCCCACAAUCGUGUUCAGGAUGGUGGGUGGGCACGUCAGCAAAAUGUUCAUUCGAUGCCUAUUGCGACGACGAUGGCCGGUGUAAACAUGCGCUUGAAAGCAGGAGCGCUUCGUGAGCUGCACUGGCAUAUCACUGCAGAGUGGGCCUAUGUUCUGGAGGGGAGCUGUCGUGUUGUUGUUGUGAAUUCCGAGGGUCAGAACUAUAUCGCUGAUGUCUAUCCAGGAGAUCUUUGGUACUUCCCUCCUGGUAUUCCGCAUGUGAUUCAGGGCUUGAACGAUACCGCUGAUGGCUGCGAGUUCCUCCUUGUCUUCGACGACGGAGAGUUCAGCGAAGACUCUACUUUCUCAGCUACGGAGUGGAUGGCCCAUGUUCCUAAGGAAGUCUUGAGCAAGAACUUCCAGGUCAACGCCUCUGCCUUUGAUCACAUUCCAAACCGUCAGCUGUGGAUGCUACCGAGUGCCGUUCCAACAGGCAGCGCUAAGGAGCAAGGAGUAAAGAGCCCGCAAGGAGUAUCUACAUUGCCUUAUACAUUUGCCGCAAGCAAGGCCAACUCUACCAAGCUUCCCGGCGGGACGGUCAAAGUUGUCGACUCACGUACAUUCGAAGUCAGCAAGACUAUCGCACUCGCGGAGGUUACUGUUGAGGUCGGCGGGAUGCGCGAGCUUCACUGGCAUCCAACUCAGCCUGAAUGGUCUUACUUCAUCGAGGGCGAAGCACGCAUAACAGUCUUUGCCGCACAGGGCAACGCACGAACCUUUAAUUAUCAAGCAGGAGAUAUUGGCUAUGUUCCUCCAUCUUUCGGGCACUAUGUCGAGAACAUAGGGAACACGACGCUCAAGUUCCUUGAGAUCUUCAACUCUGACAAGUAUGAGGAUAUCUCGCUCAACCAGUGGCUGGCCCUCACACCUCCAGAUAUGGUCAAGGCCCACUUACAGUUGAGCGACGACACGAUCAGCAAGCUACAGAAAGUGAAGCCAAUCGUAGUAUGA